CUGGGCCUCUAAGCGCGCUCUGCGGAUGUGCGACCGCCAUCUUCGCCUGUCCCAUUGGGGAUUCAAGUGAUACGGCCGCGUCGGCGUCGCUCAGGAGUCUCACAUAGACGCUCGACUAGCCGUAGUCGCUGUCGAAGCUAUGAUCGAGGUAGGGAGACCACUAGCUCGUUCUUGGGUUAAGCAACUCGUGCAACCCUCGCAGAAUUCGCGCUUACCGACGCUUCACCGCAACCUGAAUGUUAAGCACGAUGCUCGGUACUGCAUGCGAGAAUUACAUUGUGCUCGUUUUGAAUCGAGAUCAGGCGCAUCUUAGCGUCGGCAUGACUCUCAAACAAGGGUACUUACUCGAGCCCCUCUCCCUUCCCUCCGUCAACUGCCCUCCCCCAUCACACCCUCCCUCGUCAUACCGGCCCCUUCGCAACGCUUACACCUUCACACCACCAUCCCCUACCACCUACAAGCCGUCCUUCAUCGUCUCCGAGCUUCCUGACCUCGCCCUCGCCACCUUCUCCUCCCCCUCCCUCCUCACCAACUGCCCUUCCCCAUCACUCCACCCUCGUCAUACUCACCCCCUCUCUAUUCGUCCACCCUCGCACUACCCUCCCCCAUCACCUGCAGACCUUGCUCCGUCGCCUCCGUCCCCCUUACCUUCGUCUUUACCACCUUCUCCUCCCCUUCUCCUCCCUCCGACCCUUCCCCCCUGCCGUUAUUUGAGACGUUACUGACGACUGUGCAGGUGCAAGCCCACCCUCGGAGCACCC